AGGCCUGGACCGUGUGAUGCUAGUAGCUCUCUCGGCGGGAGCUUAGUACUGAUUAUCUGACGUAAACGUUAACUCUUGAACUUUAUUCUUGCUUUUUUUGAAAAAAUUCCCAUUUCCCGCCAAAUAAUCAGUUGAACAUGAUUGGCUCACCGUCACGUGGGUGCGCGCGCGAGUUUAAGUGCGAAUGGCGGGAAAAUAGCAAACUCGGACCAAUGUGUUCCCAACAUGGCGUCCAGUUUCUCUGAUGAUACUACAGAAGCACCAAAAGCUAACCUGUUUCAUGUUUUAAAAGGUAGGGCAACUUUAGAAAUUUAACAAACUAUUGUGAAUAAAAGGUGUGUGAAUUUUACUUUAUACUUACAUGUUAAAUAGUGAGGCAGCGACUCCAGUUUUUAAUAAGUGUCCUUUGUUUGCACUUGAUGGUUUGACGACGAUAUCAUAUCAUAAAGUGUAUACUAAAUGUGGUUUGUUGCUAGCGUAGAUAAAAAUAUUUUUUUCUUUAUGUGUUGACUUGUACAUUUUAAGAUUUGGCAGGCCUCAAGAAAAACAGCAAAGAAAAACAUCCAAAUAAAACAAAGAGAAAACGCAAAAGAGAAAAACUGGUUUGUAGUUUAUCCAUGGUUCUGUAACAAUCAAUAAAGCAAAAACUGAAAAGCUAAACGUUUUUGUUAAAGGAAACUCAGAAAGAAGACUUAUUUGAAGACCAGUGUUUAGAAGCAAGCGAUACAUUUGAACUUUAUCCAGACGAAACGCAAGCAGAUAUAUCAGAAGAAAAUACUGAACAAGAACCAAACACUCACUAUCAAGAGAUUUUUCCGGACGGUGAGGAGACACAGUGCGUUCCUAACAUUAUUCUAGAUAAUUCAUCGCAGACAAAAGACUUCCUUCCUCCACCAGGAAAUGAGUGAUUCUCAGACCUCAAGCCAAGACAGUUCAACAAUCAAAGGAAAGCAAAGAAGAAGAAAGAAUGCAUCACCUAAAAAAAUCAGAAAAAAAAAGUUACCCACGUCUGAGGAUGAGAAAAAAGCUGGUAGCAAUGUUAACAAGUUGGGUUCAUGGGUUCAGUGUAGCAAACCAGAAUGCUGCAAGUGGAGAUUCCUGAAGGGUGCAGUUGACCCCAUUGCCAUACCAGAAAGAUGGGUGUGCCAUAUGAACAAUGAUGAUCACUACAAUAGCUGUGCAGCAUCACAAGAAGACUUUGACAGUCAGGAUGAGGACUUUGAUGUGAUUUACUCGCCCUUUCCUACUGGUGCAAUUGUGUGGGCCAAGCUUGCAGGAUAUCCUUGGUGGCCUGCUAUGAUGGAAGAUGAUCCAGACUAUGGCUAUUAUUAUGAAACUGAUUUAGAUGACAGGAUACCGAUUAGUUACCACGUUGUAUUUUUUGGAAAAGAUGUAUCACGUGCAUGGGUAAAUAGCUUCAGUGUUCGUGAGCUUACUGCUGAUGAAGAGCCUGAGGAUAUUGGCAAUGUCGUUGUGAGAAAAAAGAAUUACAAGAAGCAGUUAGAUGAUGCAAACGGCCAAGCGCGGCAGGCAUUGUCAUUACCAGUACAGGAAAGACUUGCGGUGUAUGGAUUUGAGAAGCGCUUUUCUGGUCCAAUUGGUAGAGCAACUAAAAAAAGGAAGAAGAAGAAAAAUGUACAGGAGGACGAGCCAAUGGAUAGCUUAGAGGAUCUACCAGACAGUCUUGAAUCAAGUGAAGAGUUCGUCAGUAGUGGUAUUAGUUACAGCUCCUCACAAGACACAAAGGUAAUAAAGAAGGCAAAGAAGGCUGCUAAAAAGAUUGCAAAACACAAGGAUAUGCCUGCAAAAACUAAGCAGAUUCCUGGGACAAAGAUAGAAGGAGAGAAAAACAAAGAAAAAAAUAUAACAGGGGAAAUGGAAAAAAAUAUAGAGGGCGAUGGUGAAAAGAAAAAAAAGAAAUCCAAGAAGGAUACCAAGACGAAAUCAAUAGUGAUCAAUGAAACAGAGGAGCAACAAGAGAAAAAUAUGCCUGACACCCAACAACAUGGCAGCCGCACGAUUAUCACCAAGGAUAAAUGCCAAGGGAAAGAGAAGAAGAAAAAUAUUUCUUUGGGUCAAGGGGGUGAAUCUGCUACAAACAGUUCAGGUGAUUUAUUGAAUGGGGAGAAAGAAAAGGUUGCGUCUAAGAAAGCAAAAAAGAAGGCAAAAGAGCAGUGUCCAAACGACGUCACAGAGGUCUCUGUGUCGCCUGCAGAAAAAAGCGAUACGGAACCCAUAACGAAGCCCAAAUCCACUUCAAAAUUGACCAAAGACCAAACUAAAGAUGCCGAAAAGCAGUAUGACGCGAAGGCUAAAAACGAUGUGGUUGAAAAGAAGCCAAAGGCCCACAAAGCUAAAAAGACUCUUGAUAAAAAGGAAUCAAAGAAAGAAACCGUACAUUGGUCUCCAAAAACUGGAGUCGAGGAAAAAAACACCCUACCGGUCGUCCCGACCUGGAAAUCACCUGUCAAAAAGCCAACAAAGAGUACAGUUAAACCACUUCCAAAACUCGCGAAGACUACUUUCAAGCCUCCCUCUAAAACAAAAAUUGAAGCCGCCUCCGAGUUAAAGCCUAGAAAGAUGCCUAAACUCGUUAAGCCAUUUGUCACUCCUUCACUUGUAGUGAGUGAGCCCAAACCCAAGGUGUCAAAAGUGAGAAAACCUGAUGCUGGACCUAAAGUUAUAGUAGAACACUUGGAGCAAGUACCAAAAAGCCAGAAGGCAAGACUGUAUCCCGUUACUACCAACAAAGCAAGGAAGUCUGCGAUAAAACGUAUGUUUGAUAGUGACGAAGAGGACGAGAAAGAUAUCAACGAUGACAUAGAGGCAGAGUUAGCCAACCUUGACCGGGAUAUUGAAGUGAUGAAACAAACGCUUACCGAGUCCCCGAGUGCCUGUGGCGAUCAAGCUGAAGAGAGACUGGUAGAGAACUUUGAGGACUCGCCUGAGUUCUAAAUCUUAGUCGUAUAAGCGUCAUGCAAAUUCUUGUAAAAAAAAAAAAAAAGCACUAAAUUUAUAUAUGAGCAAUGAAUUUAGUCGGAACGAUGCUUUCUUGUGCGGAGCUUACAUAGAUUCGAAUCCCAGCAAUAUUGUAGGCUGUUUCUUGAAGUAGGCAUUAUUUAUGUAUUUUAAAGUACUUAUAUCUUUCCUGUGCUUAUUUAUUGAGGUUUCUAAUUAAAUGAAACAACAAACAA